AAACCCGAAGCAAUUCAAACCAAACCCAACCUAAAUUUAUGGUGUUGAAAUUACUCAAAACCUUUAAAAUUGACCCAAACGCCCAAUUUGCAAGUGCCGGCUGAAACCCGAAGGAUUGGUAAAAAUGUCGCAUCUAAUCUAGUCUGUCAAAACAAUCUCCCUUUCGUUUUUUUUCUUCCAUAAAUGCAGGUGGAAUGUUUCUGAAAUCUCUCUACAACCCUUUCUCUCUAUCUCCAACGAAACCCCAACAUAUAGUUUUAGAGUAUAGAAACUUGUUUGCAAGCUUGACAAAAUGGCUACACUUCAAGUAACAAACGCGAAGGAUUUUAUAUCCCCAACUUCUUCUUCUUCUUCUUCGCUAUCUUCAAAGCUAUGUUUUUCUUCGAAAAAGCCUUUGAAAAGAAGCUCUUUUUGUACGUAUCACCGCUUUGGAAGAAUAAGCUGUUCUUUUGCUUCAAUGGAAACUGCUAAGAUAAAGGUGGUUGGUGUUGGUGGAGGUGGUAACAAUGCUGUUAAUCGAAUGAUUGGUAGCAGUUUACAGGGUGUAGAUUUCUAUGCCGUAAACACAGAUUCUCAAGCGCUAUUACAGUCUUCUGCAGAGAACCCACUUCAGAUUGGCGAGCUUUUGACCCGGGGACUAGGCACUGGUGGGAAUCCUCUUUUGGGAGAACAAGCUGCAGAGGAAUCUGCAGAUGCCAUCGCAAAUGCUCUUAAGGGCUCGGAUCUUGUCUUUAUAACCGCUGGUAUGGGUGGAGGCACUGGUUCAGGUGCUGCUCCAGUUGUUGCCCAGAUAGCAAAAGAGGCUGGUUAUUUGACUGUCGGUGUCGUAAGCUAUCCCUUCAGCUUUGAAGGGCGUAAAAGAACCAUGCAGGCACUAGAGGCUAUUGAAAAGCUGCAAAAGAAUGUUGAUACUCUCAUAGUGAUUCCCAAUGACCGUCUGCUUGAUAUUGCUGAUGAGCAGACACCUUUGCAGGAUGCUUUUCUUCUUGCCGAUGAUGUUCUGCGUCAAGGAGUACAAGGAAUUUCGGAUAUAAUUACGAUACCUGGAUUGGUGAAUGUGGAUUUUGCAGAUGUUAAAGCAGUAAUGAAAGAUUCUGGAACCGCAAUGCUUGGUGUAGGAGUUUCCUCUAGCAAAAACCGCGCCGUGGAAGCAGCAGAACAAGCAACUUUGGCUCCUCUAAUAGGGUCAUCAAUUCAGUCGGCUACUGGGGUGGUAUAUAAUAUUACUGGAGGAAAAGACAUAACCCUGCAGGAAGUUAAUCGAGUUUCACAGGUCGUGACAAGCUUGGCUGAUCCUUCUGCUAACAUCAUAUUUGGUGCUGUUGUGGAUGACCGCUACAACGGCGAGAUCCAUGUGACUAUUAUUGCUACAGGCUUCUCACAGUCAUUUCAGAAGACAUUAUUGACAGACCCCAAAGCUGCAAAACAGAUUGACAAAGCUACAAUGGGACAAGAAAGCAAGGGGAUUCCCUUGCCUCUCGAAUCACCAUCGCCUUCAGCUGUCCCCUCUAGAUCAUCUCCAAGAAGGCUAUUCUUCUAAUUUCUUUGAUUUCUUAUUUCUUCCUACUUUUUUGUGUUGAAGAUCUUGAAGCUUAUAAGUAUUAAAGUCAUUUUGUUUCAUGAUUGUGUGCCGAAAUAGAUGGUGUUUCCAUGGUUGAAUGGUAAAUUAGCAUGAAGACUUAAAAGCUUCUAGCUAAGAAGCUGUGUAAGCGACUAUUAUCACUCAAAUUCGAACAACAUAAGAUGUAAUGCAUAAUUAAAGGGUGCUGAUAAGACUUCAAUUACUUGCAAAUUUAUAAAGUUGUUUUGAACAUCUCAGUAUUUGCACACGCACACAUAAAAAACAAAAAGAUAUGAAGAAAAGAGGGUAAGGGCAAGUAAAAAAGUCUCAAACAUAUUGAAGUAAUAAAUGAAAAUUGAAAAGCAAUUCCACACCCGACAAAUUGUGUUUGCUGUUGGUGGUAUUACAAAUAUUUAACAACUAGGUAUAUGGCCACAACCAGAAUCACGAUUCCGACAACAGCCAAAAGCAUGCACAUACAGGAACAACUGCCCUUGGCGC